AAAAAAAGCAUGAUAACCGCAAAAAAAUUACUAUAAAUUCGAAUCUUAGACUUGAGAUUUAUUUUCAUUCUGCAGUUAGUUUUACGUUCAAGGCUAAUUUUGAUGGUUCAAAAUGAAUGUUCAAAUUCAACGUCGCAGAUACGACUGUUCUGCUUUGCCAAAAGGAUGGAAGAGAGAAGAAGUCUUACGGAAGAACUGCCUCAUAACACCUGGAAAGAUAGAUGUUUUUUAUUACAGUCCCUGUGGGAAGAGGAUCAGAAACAAGCCACAAUUGGUACGGUUCCUUGGUGAAUCUGUGGAUCUAUCAUCCUUUGACUAUCGGACGGGUAAAAUAAACCCCAUGCUUGUAAGAAAGAAGAAAUGUAAAGGAACUCUUUAUGAUUACAGUCGUGGUCUCAGAAGCGACAGUUCUUUAGUGCCACCAAUACGGCAAACGGCCUCCAUCUUCAAACAGCCUGUUACUGUUGUCAAAACUCAGCAGCAUAGCGUGGUCAAGAGCGAUAUUAAGCAUGGCACUCAGGACAAGCCCAAGCAGGUGUUUUGGGAGAAGCGAUUGCAAGGACUUGGCGCGACUUGCAAUGCCAAGUGGCCUGUCAUGGAGGAGCUCCAGCUUCCUGCUGCCCUACGACCUGUGGGGCCUCAAGUGACCAGCCAGACCGUUCUGCAGAGCCUGGCAACAGCGCUACACGUUGUGUCUGGUCCCAUCACUGGCCAGACAGUUGCUGCUCAAACACUUCAGUCCAAUCCUGCAGUCUUCAUUAACCCUGACCAGCCUCUUGUUGAGGAGGUACACAUAAGAGACGCAGACAUCAUCAGCCAAGAAGCGCUUGUAGACAAGAUCAGAACAAGACUUGAACGCGCCAUACGACAGGUGGCUAAUGUCUCCCACUGAACUGCUCGUCUGCUUCAACAUUCUAUAAAACAAUGUCAUCAAUAUUUCUGUUGAAUUAGUCCAAAUUUUUAUCCGAUUCAUUUAGUGUCUUUCCCAGUGGAAGGUGCAUUGUUCCUUUCUUUCAUUUCCAUGAAGCAAAAAGUCCAAAAAAACACUGACCUAUUCAUUAGUUACCUCCUUCCUCAGAAUAUUGGAAGCACGUUUAUAUAUCGGUAUGUCUCUUCCACAAUGUAGCUACGGCACAAUUCUGUUUUUUAAGCUCCUUCUCCAACAACUGACUAAGCUAAAGCCGUCUUCGGUUUGAAACUUGAUAUUUGUUAAUCCCUAACUCCUGAAAUCCCUUAAAUUUUCUGCACUCUAAUUCUAAAAUAAAUAGCUAGGAGCAAUGCAAAACGUAGGCUUUUUACUAUUCUCUUCAUUUAUGAUUGAAACACGUGCUCCGUUUUGAUGAUAUAUGAUCGAAUUUAUUUCCUUUUUCUUUCUUUUUUACAAUUGAAAAAAAAAACACUUCAUGAAUAUUUUUUCCUGUACUUCUGGAUAAUACUGACUUUUGUUUUGUCGUUUUAACUCGAUAAAAAUAAUACAUGAGGGCUUUGUUUCUUGAUUUCUUCUCGAAGUCAAUGAUUCAAAUUGUAUCACAUCAAAAUUAAUCCUAUUAUUUUAUUUUCUUGUAAAAACAAAAGUUUUGUAUUGUAAAAUAAUUUCACCAAUGUUCAAAAAUGUAGUGGCCAAUGAAAAGCUCGCACGAUAUGUGUCCAAGUUUUUCUUUUCUUGUGCCGUUCUUUCUCUGCUGUUGUUUCAUGAGAUCUUUUAUAGAUAAGCGUUUUCCAUUUUAUGGUGAGCUUGAAAAGUACAAUGUUUGACCGCUUCCUAGCUAACCUUAUUCUAAUUUAAUGAGAAAUUAUAUCACCUGAUGAAAGAGAAUUGACCUUGAAUAUUUGUGCUCAAAAAAGGACUUUGGAUAUUAGUAUUGAUUUAUUUUAUCACGACAUUAAUUUUCAUUAUUUUUAUUCCUACUCAUUAAAAAAUAUACUACAUCAUCUAUCUUCAUGUCUCAUUGUAAGUAUCCAUUUUCAUGCAUAUUUAGUUUAUAAAUGCUAGCAGCGCUAUCUCGGACGUGUUCUGACAAAUUCUCGUUUCGUUUAAUGUCGUAAACUUAAUUAAAUUAUGAUUUGAAAUCA